AUGUCUACCGAAAUCAACAGCGGCGGCGGCGCCGUUGGCCAGGAGAAGAUCAACACCGACAUCAUCACCCUGACCAGAUUCCUCACUGAAGAGCAGGCCAAGGUCAAGGAGGCAACUGGUGACUUCACUCUCCUGUGCCACGCCCUGCAAUUUGCAUUCAAGAGCAUCUCGUACUACAUUCGUCGCGCCUCCCUGAUCAACCUUUCCGGCCUGGCGGGAUCCUCGAAUACGACGGGCGAUGACCAGAAGAAGCUUGACGUCAUUGGAAACGACAUCUUCAUUGCCGCCAUGAAGAGCAGCGGCAAGGUCAGGAUAUUGGUUUCGGAGGAAGAGGAGGAGGCCAUUGCGUUCGACGAGCACCCCGAUGCGCGCUACGCCGUCGCAUGUGAUCCGAUCGACGGUUCUUCCAACUUGGAUGCUGGUGUUUCGGUAGGAACCAUCUUCGGAAUUUUCAAGCUGCCCGAGGGCGCCAAGGGCACGAAGGAGGAGCUCCUUCAGAAGGGCACGGAGAUGGUUGCCAGCGGCUUCACCAUGUACGGCGCAUCGGCGCAGCUGGUCAUGACCAUGAAGGGUGGCAGUGUCAACGGCUUUACGCUCGACUCCUCUCUCGGCGAGUUCAUCCUCACGCACCCGGACAUGAGGAUCCCGAAGAAGCGUUCGAUCUACUCGGUCAAUGAGGGUAACAUGCAGUACUGGGAGGAGCCGGUGAAGGAGUACGUCAACAGUCUCAAGUUCCCCGAGGACGGCAGCAAGCCGUACAGCGCAAGAUACAUCGGCUCCAUGGUUGCCGAUGCCUACAGAACAUUGCUGUACGGAGGCAUCUUCGCCUACCCGGCCGACAAGAAGAGCACCAAGGGCAAGCUCAGAAUCAUGUACGAGUGCGGCCCGAUGGCCAUGGUGUUCGAGAACGCGGGUGGCCAAGCGGUGAACAGUCGGAUGGAGCGCAUGCUGGAGGUGAAGCCGGAACACAUUCACGACCGGUCGGGUAUCUUCCUCGGCAGUUACGACGAGGUGCAGAAGGUGAUCGACGUGCACGCAAAGCACAAGAAAUAA